AUUGCAGAGAGAGAGAAAAAUAUAAAUAAACAUGGCGGCGCCCUUCAGUCAAAUCAUGUCAGCCCGAAUUUGUCGAGUGUGUUCGCGAUUUCAGCAAACAAAGGGCCAACUACAGCCAUCUUUGCAGAUAAGACGUAGCGAACAUAAAACAGUCGAUGAUAUUCAAAAUGACUACAUCGUGUCAAAAGAGGAGACAUUUGAGGAGGAUCCAUUCAGUGAAUUGUCGAGACAUUUUUUAGAGGUACGGGAUGAUAACACUAAGCCGGAUAAUUCGAUAAUUCUGGGUUCCCCCCAGCCAUUCCCAUACCAGGCCAGGGCAGAUCCUGCUGCCAUGCAGAGAAUCCCAGUCACAGAAAGAGGCUUCAAAUUCAAAAAACACCCAGGGGUCAUGAGGCCAAAAAAUGUCAUCGAAAUCCCCAAGAUGAUGGAGAAGGCCCUGGAUAUAAUAUACAGAGAUUCUGCUUACACAACACUGGGUGAGGAUGGAAUGAAGCUGUACAAACAACUGAUGUCCCGAAGACUGCCAGAGACAGUCACAGCGCUGACAACUAAAGCCAAACAACUAGAACCCAAGGUCAUACAGAAGUUGUCAGUCAAACAACGGACAAAGUUAGAGGCAUUAGUCGCCAAAGAUUCUCUGACUGAAGAAGAUGAACAGGAGCUGAGGCAGAUUAGGUUGAACAUUCUGGAUAAUAUCAAACGAGAGUUACGACGAACCACUCACCACAACAAACCUAUAACAUAUGACUGGGAGUUUGCUCUGAAGUACACAUAUGCCAGGAUGAUUCCAAAUUACAGCAUUCUAAACCAAUGUCUGACAGAGAUUAAGAAGCGAGAUCCCAACUUUGUGCCUGAGACUGUGUUAAACAUGGGGUCAGGAAUCGGAUCUGCUGUAUGGGCAACCAACAGUAUCUGGCCCCAGUCUGUUAAACAGUUUUACUGUGUGGACAACUCCAUGGAAAUGAACAAGAUGGCUGCUCGCAUACUGAAAGAGGGUGAUGAAAACCGACAAAGCAUGGUGAUCCCCAAUGUGUACUUCAGGGACAAGCUACCAACACUGCAAAGUGGUCGGUUCUCAUUGGUUAUUUGUGCCUUUACCUUGAUGGAUUUCCCCAUGAAGAUGAACCGACUGCAAUUAGCAAAGGAGCUCUGGGAGAGAACGGAGGGAUAUUUUGUGUUAGUUGAUGUGGGAACAUACGCUGGGUUUCUGGCCAUUCAGGAAGUUCGUCGGAGGCUCUUGAGGAGGGACAAGGGUGUCGAUGUUGAUGAAAUGGAUGUGAAUAUUUUUGCCCCUUGCCCACAUAAUAGACACUGUCCAAAGUUUAAAGUUCAACCUGAAUCCUUGCCAUGUAAUUUUGAAGUUCAUCACCAGUUGAGGGAAGGAGAGUCUCAGCUCAGUACUUUUGCCACAGAAAGAUAUUGUUAUGUGACCUUCAAGCGAGGAGACCUUGCUCAAGACAUCACAAACUGCUGGCCAAGGAUUGUUUUCCAAGAUGUGAAACGGAAAGGUAAAAAGGGGAUCGCUCAUUGUGUGAUGUGUAACCCAGAUGGCAGUCUGCAGAACAGGAUAAUUAGCCGGAAAAGGCAUGGAAAAGAAUUGUACCGCAUAGCCUGUGAAUCACGGGGUGGUGACCUACUACCUGUACAAGUAGAGAAUGAUGAGAGAAACAUAACAGACGUCAAAAAAGUGUCACACAACACAAGAAAUGGACAUGCAGAGGGCGAAUAAAUGUUUGAAAAACUAAGUGUUAAACUCUUCUUGUACAUGUAUAUUCAAGUGGUCUUGCACAACAAUGAGGUUGUCGUUCUGCUUGCCCAUCCAAUAAUUAUCUCUUCAUCGUCUGUUGGGAAUCACUUAUCUCGGCGUAUGAGCAAGGUGAUUUUCAGUAUGAUGCAGCAUGUACAUGUAUAUUAAUAAGUAUACUCACUGUUGUUCCAUUGUAUUGCAGUGGGUUUGAUCAAGGAUUUUGUGUGCUUCAACCUUUUCAUUAGUCUUGAUGUGUAUUGAUAGAGCAUCUGUUUCUGCUGAGAAGAUCACACUGUCUCGAGUGAUGUUUUGUUAAGAGCCAGCUUGGUUAGGAUGGCCACAGAGUAAAAAACAGUUACAGUGAAUUACCUUUAGGGCCAGUGAAAACCAAAGUUUAUUAUAUCUAGUAACAUUUUUGUUAUUUUCCUCUCAUAGGGAAAUAAAUAUCAUUUCACAAUAAGCAAGAAUUCAUAAUAAGCAUGUGUUACAACAACAUACAUGUAUGCAACAUGGAAUAUUUUCUGCCCCAUAAAUAAAUGUUUUGGAAAGAA